AUGAAGGUCCUCUUUGCUGGUGUCGCCAAAAACGCUCAUCUAUUUCACACAAAAUGGAAGGUGAAACACACACACGAACACAUCGGCGUCUUUGCGUUGAAGGAUGAUCAAGGAGAAUUUGAUGAACUGGUAAAGGAGGUUCUGUUGCAUUGGGAGAGCGAGAGGCGAGUUUCACAGAGAAUAGGUUGUACACUUCUUUGCAGGUGUGCCUACUGCGUGUGAGCUCAUCUGCAGAUCAUUCAAGCUCUAAUUUGGCUCAACAAUUCCUAGUGAUGUGUUUUUUCUCUUUUUAUGGGCUUAUAUGGACUUAUGGUUAUGGCUAUUGUUUUCUCUACUUUCUAAAAAUCUUUCGGAAUUUUUUGAGCAGUUUUUUGAACACUAAGGUCACUUGACAACAUCGUGGUUAUACCUCAGAAAAGAGUUGUGGACAUUCUCUCGCUACAUUCCUGCUUUUUUUUUUUAACAGAGGAAAAAAACGAUUCUUUCAAGGGUUGUUGGUAGCUUAAUCCUGCAAAGCUUAAAGGUUUUUCCAUUUUGAUGAGCAUAUGUGGUUGUCUGUGUGUUCAUGGUGGUUAUGGUGGUUCAAAUCUAAACCGUGUGACUGUAUUUGUUAUUAAUAUAGAGUAUUGAUGAUUAGACAACCUUGUAGAAGAAUUUUCGAUGAUGUAAUAUAUCUAUAAGAUUGAUGUAACCAUU